AUCAUUUCGAUAUUCCUUCUGAUGUAAAAUGUUUUUUCUACAUCAAUUUGCUGUUCAUUGUGAUGAAUAGCUUAAACUUCGCUAUCGCUAGAAUUUCAGUUCAAGCAAAUGGUAUCUUACGGAUGGAGGUCGUUGCGUCAAAUUCCACAAAUCAUGAAUGAAUUCUAAGUUCUGUUGUACAUUUUCUACAAAUUAAGGAUAUUCUUAACCCUCUAUUCAAUAAAACACUUUAAACAAUGAAUGAAGUAAGUGGAGGAAAACAAGAUAUACCUAAUACUUCUACUUGGGAGACAUUGUCUGGGCAAUCAGCAUCGUUAUCUACUAUGCAUCAUCAUCAUCAAUCGUUACAACAAGAUGCAAAUACAGCAGUUACACAAGUUAUAGUUCCUACUCCUGUAAAACUUCAAGCACCUAUGUUAAAUUCAACGCAAACCGUAGGUGAUCAUUGUUCACAACUCGGUCAUAUGCAACAAUCAAAUUUGAUAACGCAGGGUACACCACCGGGAACGUUUCCAGAAACUGAACUUUCACCUGAACUUCAGCAACAAGGAUGGAAAAAGUUUUGGAGCAAACGAGAAAAUCGUCCAUAUUUUUGGAAUAAAUUAACUGGAGAAUCUUUAUGGGUAAUACCGCCUUUAAAACCUCAGUUUGACCCAAUUACGGAUCCACUUGGUAUUUGUGCUGUUCCACCUGUUUCUGGCAAUGGAGCUAUUCCUCCAGGAGGAACGCUUAAACGUAGAGCUUCGGAAGAUAGCGUUGUCCCAGCAGCGAAGAAAUUUGUAUUAGCUGGUCCAUGGGACUUGGAAAUUCCAACAAAUGUCAUAAUAUAUGAGAGAGCUCCAUCAAAUUUACCUCAUGUUCACCCUGAAACGGAAGCAUUACGAUGUGGUUUACUUGCAAAAUUGAGGCAAUGUUAUCAAGAAUUGUGUCAUACUCGUGAAUCGAUAGAUGCUCCUAAGGAUUCUUUUAACAGAUGGCUAAUGGAAAGAAAAGUUAUAGAUUGUGGCUCAGAUCCUCUCUUACCAAGUCAGUGUUUUCCUGAAAUUUCCAUGUCUAUGUACCGCGAAAUUAUGAACGAUAUCCCUAUUAAAUUAGUCCGACCAAAAUUUACCGGUGAUGCGAGGAAACAAUUAUCACGAUAUGCAGAAGCUGCAAAGAAAAUGAUAGAAUCAAGAGCAGCUUCGUCAGAGAGUAGAAAAGUUGUAAAAUGGAAUGCAGAAGAUACUUUUCAGUGGUUAAGACGAACAGUUGGUGCUACGUUUGAUGAUUUCCAAGAUCGUCUUGCACAUUUAAAACGGCAGUGUCAACCACACCUUACAGAGACUGUAAAAGCUAGUGUUGAGGGUAUCUGCUUAAAAAUUUAUCACUUAUCAACGGAAUACGCAAAAAAAGUCAAACAUAAAAACAAUCAAAUUUUAAAAGAUAACGGAUUAGGAAAUGUUAUACCCUUAGGGGGACCAGCCAGUACGCAAAGAAAAGUUUGGUGUUACCCCAUACAAUUUUCUCUUCCAACUUCCCGGCUUCCGCAAGUGGAUUAUCUUCCUGAACGUGAACAAACAAUGUUGCGCUUUCAUGGUGAUACCGUGUGUAUUAAUAAUAUGCAUCUUGCAAAAUUAGAACACCUAUACAGAUAUAAUUGCUUUGAUGACAAAAAGUUUGAAAUGUUUUUACCUCGCGUUUGGUGUAUGUUGAAACGUUAUCAGACAUAUUUUGGAAUCAACGAGGGACAAGCAACGCAAAUGGCCCUCCCUGUUACAGUCUUUGAAUGUCUUCAAAGAUCAUUUGGUGUGACAUUUGAAUGUUUUGCGUCUCCGUUAAACUGCUACUUUAGACAAUACUGUUCAGCAUUCGCUGACACGGAUUCUUAUUUCGGAUCAAGGGGACCUUUCUUGGACUUCAGACCUGUCAGUGGCUCGUUUCAAGCUAAUCCACCAUAUUGCGAAGAACUUAUGGAAGCUAUGGUUAACCAUUUCGAACGUCUUUUAGCUGAUUCAGCAGAACCUUUAUCUUUUGUGGUAUUUUUACCUGAAUGGAGAGAUCCAGCACCUAAUGCUCUCAUAAAAUUAGAAAGCAGCCAUUUUAAAAGAAAACAGGUGGUAGUACCUGCUAUGGAACAUGAAUACAGACAUGGAUUUCAGCAUAUACUACCAAAAGGCGAAGUUAAUAUUAGAGCAGCACAUGGAACAUUAGUAGUAUGGUUACAAAAUACAGCUGGUACUGCUCGUUGGGGACCUACAGAGGAAAGAGUUGAAGCAUUAUUGGAAGCAUGGCGUCCAGGAAGAGAAAGAGAACGAGAUAGACAAGAACUUCUAUCACCACCAAGGCAAACACAUCAGCCGAUACCUUCCAUGCCUAUUCCUGUUUUAACAACGCCUACGACUCCAACAGUACCGUUACAAACAUUAUCCACACAUCCUAUAUAAUUAUCAUUAAACAGUGUCCUGGGGAAAAGCAGCGAAAAGUAAAAUAAUUCGAUACUUUCAUUUUAAUUUUUCUCUACAAUUGGUCUAUCGCAGAGAACAUUCGAUAUAUAAUUUAUCAAUUCAUUAAGUACAGACAUGUGGAAUACAAUGUUUACUAAUUCUUACCGGUUUAAUUGUGUAUACUUCAGGCAUUAUUUAUAUAUUCAUUUGAAUCUUAAUUCACUUCAUCUAAAGAAGAUAAAUUGGUAUACAAAUAAGUAUGUAUGUAUACAUAUAUAAAUAUUAUUUAAAUAAUUAUA